AGGAAGAGGAAAAAAAAGCAAGAGGAAAUGGGUGAGCAAAACAAAGAAAUCACAAGGUCAAGAGUUGUGAAGGUUGAGUCAGAAAAAUCAUGGGACUCCUUCACAAACCAAGCCGAAAAGCAAGGGUUACCGGUUGUGGUGCACUUUACGGCUACUUGGUGCAUGCCUUCGGUUGCAAUGAACCCAUUUUUUGAAGAAUUGGCUUUAAAAAACCCUUUUGCCCUUUUACUAUUAGUCGAUAUUGAUGAAAUGAUGAAUGUGGCAAAGAAGGUGGGAGUAAAGGCCAUGCCAACCUUUUUGAUGAUGAAGGAUGGUGUUGUAGAGGACAAACUCGUAGGAGCCAAUCCACAAGAAAUGAAGAAGAGGGUUGGUAGCUUUGUCUAGCCUAGUCAAUAGUCCAUAUCGAUCUAUUGAUGAUAUAAUCUCUCGUUCCGGAACUAAUAAUUUGUCACCUCGAUGUUGUAAUAUACUAAUAUCAGAUCAGUGUGUGACAAUUGAAUUGGAACGUUGGUAAUAGUCAUUUGUAUAUUCUAUUAUAUAAAGUUCUUUUUUUCACUUGUAAGUCAUUGAGUUCAUCUCUUAAUUUGUAAAUCAAUUGAUGAUCCACUAAUGGCGGCUUGGGGCAAUAAAAU